UAGAAGGUGGGUAAAAAGGUGGAAAGAUAUAAUUUUAGGAUGGGAUAGAUAAAAAAAGAAAUUAAUACAGAAAAUAACAAUAAUAAAUAAAUAAAUAAAAACAACUGUCGAAUGUCAAACCCGUUUCUUCCUCCCUAACCUCCUUCUUCUCCACCUCAAAGCUUCAGAAAAUUUCUCCACAAAACCCUAACCUUCUCUCUGUCACAUCCCCCCUUUCUUCCCAAAAUCAAAACAAUCCAAUUCCAAAUUCAAGCUUGAAUGAAUCUUCCUAAUUCCUCCAUCCAUGCAACCAUUUCCUUCUUCUUCUUCUUCUUCUUCUUCUUCUUCUUCUUCUUCUUCCAACCAUGUCUUUUAGCCGCUCAAUGCGCUCUCAAUCCCUCGCUAAUCCACCUCCGUUAGCCGAGAAAAUCACCGAAGAACCAAUCACCAACAAAACCGCUCAAAGCACCGUCACCUGUUUUUACCAGGCCAACAUCGCCGGAUACUGGCGCAACGUCACCAUUUUAUGGUGUAAAAAUCUCAUGAACCACACUUUAACCAUCACAAUCCAGAGUCUCCAAGGCGAUUUCCAUUGCAAUUACAAAAUCGACGUCAAGCCUUGGCAUUUUUGGAGCAAAAAAGGCUUCAAAUCCCUAGAAUUAGACGGUAAUCAAAUCGAUAUUUAUUGGGACGUUCGUUCUGCUAAAUUUUCUACUGGUCCUGAACCUCACUCUGAUUUCUACGUCGCUUUAGUUUCCGACGAAGAAGUCGUUUUGCUUUUGGGAGAUUACAAGAAGAAAGCUUAUAAAAGAACUAAAUCUAGACCUGCUCUUGUUGAAGCGAUUUUGAUUUACAAAAAGGAAAAUGUCUUUGCGAAGAAAUGCUUUUCAACCAGGGCUAAAUUUGAUGAUCGGCGUAAGGAAUGUGAUAUUGUUGUUGAGAUUUCAACUUCCGGCGCUAAAGAUCCGGAGAUGUGGAUUAGUAUAGACGGGAUUGUUCUUGUUCAGGUCAAGAAUUUGCAGUGGAAAUUUAGGGGAAAUCAAACGGUUGUUGUUAACAAGCAAUCGGUUCAAAUCCUCUGGGAUGUUCAUGAUUGGCUCUUCACUAACCCGGGUACGGGUCAUGGAUUGUUUAUUUUUAAACCCGGUCCAGCCGAAUCGGAAAGCGACAAGGAAGGUAGCGGCGGCGGAGGCGGAGGCGCCGGGUUGGAGCCGAGUGAGGACGGCAGUAUUUAUUACUCGACUCGCAGCAUGAACUCGUCUCACCAGACCGAGUUCUGCCUUUUCCUUUAUGCGUGGAAAUUGGAAUGAUUUAUUUAAAAAAAAAACAAAAAAGAAGGAUUUUUUUUUUAAUUACAAAACUAGCUCAAGCACGUAUUAAUUAAUGAUUUGAGUGAUUAAAUGAUUAAUUAAUGUACCGUGCAUGUCACGUGCCUUCUUCGUAAAUAUAUACAUGUAUUUAUGUAUGUAUAUAUUGACCUCUGCUGACUAUGCAUGACCACUUGACAUAGUAUUGGGAGUGUUUGUUUCG